GAUUACAGCUGUGGCCCUUCUUGUUUGUGGGUCAACCAUUAUUAUCAGUCUUACACUUCAAUUACUGUGUGGUGACAAAAUCACAGCCUGGAUGUUUGUGUUAACCUCUCAUCCUCUGUCACGUAACCAAAUCCUGUUCACACCUGACAUAGAAAGCCAGGUGGGGCCGAGCCACAGCGGCCAGAGCAGUUUUUCAAUCCAGCCAUGGAAGAUGAAUUUCACGCCACUCUCUGGACGAUGAUGAUGUCCCCUCCUGUGUUAUUUAAGCAACGUCUUCACUAAAAAGGUGCAGUCGGUCCUAAAAUGGCCCUGAGUUUGGUGGUGUUUCUUCUUUUAGUGGGAGGCAGUGCAGAGCUGGAAAAUACGCAGGCCUCGGCUGUGUCACAAAGAUGUAUGAAGGAUACCAACGGUUUCCUCUGGGAAAUUACCCAGGACAAGCCAAAGGAGUACGCUGUUCUCAUGUACGAUUCAUAUGGGAAGAUGGGGAGCAACGUAGAAGGAGGCAACGCCAACCGGCCCGGUCUGCUGCAGCAGUGCCGCUCGGCCAACGGUCCCAGCUUCUCUGGACAGUACUGCCAGGUGUUCCUGAGGCAGGGAACCGUUCAGUACUUUGUGGGUCUUUGUGUUCCUGAUUCCUGCAGGGAAGAGGAGGUGCAGAUAUUGGUGCUGUAUGACAGACUUCGGUUUGGUCAGACGUCCCUCGUUCCUCCUUUACCUUCCAUCCUGGUCAACCAGUCCACUCAGGAGAUGAUCAUGACUCACUGUUUGCCCCAAACAAUUGCCCCUGAUGCUUCUGAUGUCACCUGCCUGUUUGUGUGUUGUCUAAUGGUAGCAGUUCCUCUUGCAGCCACUCUCUUCACAGCUAUAAUAAGAUGGCAGCGGAACAGAGAGGUCAGUCCUACAGUCGAGUCCUCACGUUUAAGCCCUGGCCUCAACCUUUACGGGACCUUGAACACCAACAACUCAUCCAGCAGUGACGGUAACAGCAGCACGUCAGAGGGAAAUGACAACACCAGCCUCACCGCCCCGUGUUUUCCUUGGAGCUGCGUGUUGGGAUGUCUUCAGGCGUUCUCUCUGCAGAACACCAGCCAGGGCAUCUUCAGCGCCUCCUCAUCCAUCCCAGGAGGAGGCUACUCCUCUCUGAACGGCAUCCGUGUCCUCAGCCUGCUGUGGAUCAUCUGUGGACACUCUGCUCAGUUCCCUGUAAUCAACAACCUCGAUAACUACAAAAACUGGAAGAAAACAGUUGAAAGCAGCCCCCUGUAUGUGCUCACCAUCAGCGGGCCUGUUUUUCUGGCUGUAGACACCUUUUUAUUGCUGGGGGGUCUGCUAAGUGCCAGAUCGCUGCUGGGCUCCAUCGACAGGGCUGAAGACAAACUGAGCCCCAGUUUGGUUGCAAACUAUCUCUUCAGGAGGAUCAAAAGGAUUCAGCCGCUACAUCUCUUCAUUAUGUGUCUAACCAUCGGCCUCAUCUCUCUGGUCCAAUGGGGACCCUACUGGUUCCCAUUUAUAGACACACUGAUGGACUGUAAGACGUACUGGUGGGCUAAUUUACUGUUGAUCAGUAAUCUCCUCCCAGUCCAUGAGAUAUGCAUUCCCUGGACAUGGUACCUGUCUCUAGACUUCCAGUGUUAUGCCACCACUCCUCUGUUGGUCUAUUUUUACAGACUAAACAAAGGUGUUUUUGCGGCUGUGGCUGGAGGCCUACUGUUAAUGACCACUGUGGCUAGUUCUGUUAUCACUGCGCUCAUGCAACUACCAGUGUUUCAGCCAUCGACGAUGACAUCUGAGAAUUAUGUUUUGUAUUACUAUGUGAAACCCUACACAAGAUACGGUCCAUUUCUGAUAGGCAUCUUGACCGGAAUACACCUGACAACAAAGAAAGACCAGCUGUUAAAGCAAAAGUGGCAGGCAGCUCUUGGUUGGCUCUGCUGUCUGUCCGUCAUGGCUCUGUUGGUUGGACUGGCCUUCGUCCUCAGGGAGACUCCAGAUCAUCCAUCUCUUCCUCACGCUCUGUAUCAGGGGCUGCAUAGACCUCUGUGGGCUCUGGCUGUGAGCUGGAUCAUACUGGCCUGUGAGGAGGGAUACGGAGGUUUCAUCAAAAGGCUCUUGUCACUGAGUUUCUGGGUUCCUCUUUCCAACAUUAGCUUUGCCUGCUAUCUGAUACAUCCUGUGUUCAUUAUCGUCUACAUCGGUUUGCAAGAAACCCCAAUCCACUACUCAGACAUCAAUUUUAUGUACCUGUUCCUUGGUCACCUGGUGCUAACGUUGGUUGUGAGCUGCAUGUUGACGGUGUUAGUUGAGAAGCCCUACCUCCUCCUAAAAUGGAGAACAGUGUAGAGAAAAGUUAACACCUAGCCAACUUUUAACACGUUUAAUCCUAUAUUCUUUUUGGGUGUUGUAAUCUUCUUUUGCACAUAAUAAAUCUAUUUGUUUCCAA